AGGCUUUGAGCAGUUCAAUACCAAUAUGAACAGCAUGAAGGACCGGAUUGUGAAUGAGAUCACAGGAAUAGUAAAACCUCCUACAGCCAGGAAGCUAGAUCUGGAAUCAUUGGGGAGCUCCAUUGGAUAUAGUGAAACCCAUAGGCAAUACAGUGUCUCGCCACCCCUGUCACACUUGUCAGACGAAAGUGAUUGUGAACUUUCUAUGGAUAUACAAGAAUCUCAGUCACCUGAAUCCCCAAGUUGUAAAACACCAUCAACCGUUACUUCUCCUGUCUUCAAUAUACCAUCUGCAAGUUCCAAUACUGAGAUCCGACAAACACAAUUACCAAUUCAAGAAUCUUCCUCUCUACCAGGCCAGACGUCUGAUUCAGGUAAUGUCAUCUUUCAUUUCUUAGACAACAGUUAGUAAACUUAACCCUGCAUUUGUUCUUAACUAAAAGAAUGGAAGCUAUAUAACUAAUCAGAACCCAAUAACUAUGUCGUUCAACUCAAAUUUCAUUGCAGGUUGCUCUGUAAACAAAGAAACGCCAGAAGAUCUGAGACCAGUUACUGUUGUUGAAAAAAGAAAAGCCAAUAUAACAGUGAGUAUCAAGUUUCUAAGUUGAAUGAAGGAUUCAAAUGGGUAUUAUGCAUACUAUGGGUUUAAUUAAAUAACAUAUUGACUAUGGGUUCAACUAUAGGUUCAAUUACAGUCACAUGUAAACAUCAAAC